CUCCUCUCUCCUUGUAGCUAGGGCACGACUGGAGAAAGACGCAGCUGACACUGUCCUCUAUUUGAGACAAAUUUCAUCACAGGCAAUCAGCUACUCUUCAGGCAGGCUUUUCUUGAUGGGUUUUGUUGAUUUCACCGUCUCCGUGUGAUGAGUCAAAAUGGCCUAGUCUCUCUGCAGAGACCUUUUUCUGAUGGGAGCCGUGGCUGUUACUGUCUCAGCAUCUUCCUUUACCUUAGCUACUGUGCACAGUGUGGUGCAAGGCGGAGAAGCACACGGGGUGUACCCGUGGGAGGCAAAAAGACAAAAUGGCAACUCUUAAGGAAAAACUGAUUGUGCCAGUUGCAGAAGAGGAGGCAGCAGCCCCAAACAAUAAGAUUACUGUCGUGGGCGUUGGACAAGUUGGUAUGGCCUGUGCUAUUAGCAUACUUGCAAAGAGUCUUGCUGAUGAACUUGCCCUUGUUGAUGUUUUGGAAGACAAACUCAAAGGAGAAAUGAUGGAUCUGCAGCAUGGGAGCUUAUUUCUUCAAACUCCGAAAAUUGUGGCUGAUAAAGAUUAUUCCGUCACUGCUGGUUCCAAGAUUGUUGUAGUCACUGCAGGAGUCCGCCAGCAAGAGGGAGAGAGUCGCCUCAAUCUGGUACAGAGGAAUGUGAAUGUCUUCAAAUUCAUUAUUCCCCAGAUUGUAAAGUAUAGCCCAGACUGUAUCAUAAUUGUGGUUUCCAACCCAGUGGAUAUCUUGACCUAUGUCACCUGGAAACUGAGUGGCCUGCCAAAGCACCGGGUGAUUGGUAGUGGAUGCAAUUUGGAUUCUGCCAGAUUCCGCUAUCUUAUGUCUGAAAAACUUGGCAUCCAUCCAAGCAGCUGCCAUGGCUGGAUCCUUGGAGAACAUGGGGACUCAAGUGUGGCUGUGUGGAGUGGAGUGAAUGUGGCAGGUGUUUCUCUCCAAGAGCUGAAUCCAGAAAUGGGAACUGACAAUGACAGUGAGAACUGGAAGGAAGUUCAUAAGCUGGUGAUUGAAAGUGCCUAUGAAGUGAUCAAACUUAAAGGAUACACCAACUGGGCUAUUGGAUUAAGUGUUGCCGAUCUAAUUGAGACCAUGUUAAAAAAUCUAUCCAGGAUUCAUCCUGUGUCCACUAUGGUGAAGGGGAUGUACGGUAUUGAGAAUGAAGUAUUCCUCAGCCUUCCAUGCAUUCUGAAUGUCCGAGGACUGACUGGCGUUAUCAACCAGAAGCUGAAAGAUGAGGAGGUAGCUCAACUCAAGAAGAGUGCCGAUACCUUGUGGGACAUCCAAAAGGACCUGAAAGACCUAUAACAUUCCCAAUAAGAUUCUGUAGAACCCAAUCAACAUGAUAUAAAUCUCCUUGCCCACUUAGUAAUUAGCCAUCUUCGUGGAUAGAAUUUUUCUCUUGAACUCAACUCUGGCCGCAGAAUUAAAGCAUAUGAUUAAAAGGCUUGCUAUAUGAACCUAUGAACCAAUAAAUAAACUACUGAAGUGUGCUUUCUUC